GCCUUUUGUGUAUACUUCUCUAUAAAUAAAUUUGGAUGGGUUUAUCGCCUCCCCCUUCAAUCAAGAGAGAAAGAGCAAUCCUUGGAGCACACAAAGCUGCUGAAACUAUAGACAAGCCUCUUCAAUUAAGAGAGAGAGAGAUAACAGUCCUUGGAGCACACAAAGCUGCCAAAACUAUGGGCGAGGAGAGUAUGACUAGCACAACAACACAAAUAAAUUUCGAUCUUGAAGUUCCCUUGGGCGAAGUCCAGCCCUUUCGCAUAGCCAUGAAUCCUAGAUUGUUCAAAUCAGCAAGAUCAGGAGACAGAAGAAUCCUGGAUGAGUUACUACGACCAGGAGAGGAUGCUCCAACACAAGAAGAUACCCGCUGCCUCCUUGGAGUUACACUGGAGGGGAACACGACCCUCCAUAUAGUUGCUAGCCAAGGACAUCUCGAGAUUGCCAAGGAGAUCUGUCGUAGAGAGAUCUCUCUUUUGGCAGCACCAAACACGAGGCUUGACACUCCAUUGCAUUGCGCUGCAAGGGUUGGGGAUGACAAGAUGGUCUCCCUCAUCAUCCAAUUUGCAAGGGAGGGUGAGAUCGAAAAAAGAAGAGUGCUGAGGGCGAGGAACAUGGACGAGGCGACUGCUUUGCAUGAGGCCGCCAAAUAUAACCAUGCGCGCGUGGCCAAAGUACUGAUGGACGAGGAUGCCACAUUGUCAUCCAUGCUGAAUGAUGCCGGCAUGUCUCCACUCUAUCUGGCCAUCGCGAUAAGAUCCCUCAAUGUAGCUAAAGUCUUGCUACAGUCUUCCUCUUGGAAGAAUGCUUCUCCAGAAUCUUACGCAGGCCCUAACAAGAACACCGCGUUGCAUGCAGCAGUCCUCCUGAGUCCAGGUAAUCGAGCGCUUGACCUACAUACUGAUCUUGCUCCUUUUUUCUUUCUUUUUUUGAAGAAAAGUACUCACGAUACCUUUCAUGAUGCUUACGUGAUAGAAAUUACACAAGACUUAUUGGAUUGGAAGCCAGAGCUCGCCAAAGGUGUCGGUUUCUUGGGAACAAUUCCUCUUCAUUAUGCAGCUUCAGAUGGUCGUCAUGAUACGGUGAAGCUAUUAUUAGAGCGCGAUCCCUCUACAGCCUACCAACUAAAUGCCAAUGGCUCAUUUCCCAUACACAUUGCAUCUAGAAUGGGAAACGUUUCUACAGUUGAUGAGAUUUUAAAACAGUGCCCGGAUACAGAUGAAUUAUUAGACGGAAGGGGAAGGAAUUUUCUUCAUGUCGCUUUCAAAUGGAGAAGGUUAGAUGUGGUCAAGAAAAUUAUCUCCAAGCGACCGGAACUCAGGAAGCUGUUAAAUGACCAGGAUAACAAGGGAAAUACGCCGUUACACACGGCUGUUAAAAACAGUGACAAAGCGAGCGUGUAUUUUCUUCUCCGGGACAAGACCGUAUGUGUCAACGUUAUCAACCACGACGGCUUCACCCCUCUCGACUUGGCUUUCAAAUUGUCGGAUAGAGGCCUGCAAUUCCGGACGGUAAAACUCUUAACGACCUCGUGCAUGUUUUGCUUGCCAUACAUCACAAGUUGUAGUCUCUCUCGCGCGCGCACACACGGACACGAGGGCACAGAGAGAUUAUGCUUGGAGCAUAAGCACAAUGCAAAAGUCUGCAUUUGCCAACUGCUUGGCUUUAACAAAGGCUCAGUCCGGUCCAGCGAUGAUAAGUUCAAAAAAGAAUCAUCCAACGUCGAGGAAAGUCCAAUCGAGAGACAGUUGAAUUUCACCAGAAAUCUCGGGAUUGCCACGGUGUUGAUUGCUACGGUCACAUUUGCUGCUGGUUUCACCGUCCCCGGGGAUUACAUAGCUGAUGAUCAUCCAGGCCGUGGCACAGCAGUUCUAGCAAAAGAGUAUGCUUUCAAGGUAUUCCUAGUCUCAGAUGCCUCCGCGUUGGUCUGCUCCAUCGUAGCCACGUUCUGGAUCAUGUGUCACGCCCCCGCCUCUGCGAGGCACGUGAGGCACCUAGUG